GUAAUCCCCGAAAAUGGAGCUUAUUGGUGUAUUUACAGGUGGGUGGACGUUGUAGAGAUUGCAGAACAGCACGUAAGUAACGUGCUGACUCAGCACGCAACAUGCGUGAUUAACACGUGGCAUUAAUCUAUGCAACAUGCACCUUGCGUGAUUGACAUGUGGCAGAUGUUGAUCGGAUCAUUUUGCAACACGAAAUUUGCAAGGUGAGCCCUCAGUCUAUAAAAAUCAGAGCUCGUUACUAUUUUACUGCAUUACAAGAGAGGAGGUCAGCCCUCUACAAGGUGUUUUUCUUUGCUGUGUCAUGGAGGGCACUGCAAAUAUAGUGGUUUACCACAAUGGUGAGGUUAUAUGUAAUACAUAUGAGGGUGUGAGCUUUGCUUAUGAGAGUACAUAUUCGUUUGUGGUUCGGUGCAUUGUAACGUUUUUGCGGAACUACAGUACGGGCUCUGUCAGAGCAUAAAGAGUGAUAUUUUAAAGAGGGUGAGCAACAUUCUCUAUUGGAGUCUAGUUGUGGUAUUUGGCGGAUUGGUACAGUUUGAGGUUAUGCCAAUCGUUGACGAAACAAGUAUUCAGCAAAUGUUUCAUAUUCACCAGCAAACUCAGGUGCAACAUCCAAGGAUUGAGUUGUAUGUUGAGUUUAAACAUAUAACAGUGGAUGAAGUUCAAAAUGACCCAGACGUGCAAGAUGACAGAACUGAAGCAUACAAAGGAAUGAACAAUGAUAGCGACGAGGAGUUCGAAGCAACUUAUGAAGCCGGUGACGAGGACGAGGAUGACAAUGGGGAGGUGAGGCAGUCGCGGAAACUUCAGUGGUUCCACCCGCAGUUAGUCAACCGAUGGACGUUUCACCUUUUAUGCGUAGCUUGGAUCUUGAUGCCAUGCAUGCACCAAAGUUUCCAGAAUAUGCGAACAUAGGAGUUGCUGACCCUGAUGAUGUAGAGUUUCGGAUCGGAAUGGAGUAUGGUUCUAAAAAAUCAGUCAUUGUGGCAAUUUGGAGUUACACUAUCUCCAGAGGAGUCGAUUACGUUGUUCACGAAUCCGAGCCACAAAUGUUCUAUGAAUGCAAGACUUAUGGACGUGGUUGCGAUUGGCUUAUCCGAGCCAGCUCGAUACAGAAGAAAGCUUGCUGGGAGAUUCAGAGAUACAAUGGAAGGCACACGUAUUCCAUGGGAAUGAUCUCACAGGAUCACUCCAAGUUGGACUCGGACUGGGAGAUUCGGAGAUAAAACCGACUGUUGCGGCAGUUCCCCCAUUGCUGAAUCAGAUCUUCGAGUAUCGUACUCCAAUCAUGGCACUAUACUCCUCGAAGAGUGUAACAAUGCUGGUCAAGAGGGAUGUUCUGUGCCGGCAGAGGGGCGGAUUGUGCAUACCCGUAUUAGCGGAUCACUCGGUCAACCGGAUGCCAUUCAACACACUCGAACAAAACCAACGGCCCUACCGUGUCACACACAUCAAGGUGGUGGUGUAACUCAGCCGGGAUGAUGAUGCCGAGAUAUGGCCGAAACAUAAACUGCAAAACGUUGCAUGGGCUAAGAUAGAUUAUCAAUACCGUUAAUUAUUCUUAAUAACUUAAGACUGACCUCUUUCAUGUAGUCUAUGUCGUGCCUAACAGACGCCGCUUUCCUCGAUGUCCACGCAUUGUAUCGUGGACGAUUACUCCACCUGCAAUACACAACGUUAUCACAGAGUUUAAAUUCCGUCUUGCCAGUAAAACAUAAAUAAAACACAAGACAAACUACAAUAAACUAUCUACUAUUACGGCGUUACCUGCGUGCAACCGAUAUCUUAGCGGGUGCAAGCUGAUGUCUCGGAAUUGGCGCAAGAAAGGGAAUUUGCUCCAACUCCCAAACAAACAACAAAUCAAGUGGGCCGUCCAUCUCCUUGCAAUCGUACCGUAAUGCACGGCACAGUGACCUAUAAAGAUGUGCGAGAGUUGCUGAACCCCAACUGUAAGUGCCGAUCUGCUCAAAAUUUUGGAGUAGUGGUAGAUACCUCGCGUGGGCACACGACGUCGACUUAUCUGUGAAGAGGGUAGUUCCCAGCAGACAUAAGAUGUGACACCUAACAUAUAGCUGAACAGAAUCCCAAGUGUCUAAAGGCUGUGUGUCUCUGAUAUGGCGAACCCAUGACAGCUUUAUGUAACUUUUAGAUGAACUACUCAUGACGGGUUUGCUGCCAAAAAUCGCCAUACUAUGGUUGAACAAGAAGUCCUGAUUGCUAUCGAUCCAACCGGCCACAACCUCUCCAUCAAUUGAUAGGAUGAAUAUGUGUAACAUGUCCUCUAGUGUCACUGUAACCUCA